GUCGGAGCUGCGUCUGCAGAGCAGCAGUUACUGUCAGGAAGUUUCUGACCUGCAGGAAGUUCUGCAGUGGAAACAGAAGAAGAUCGCGGCGUUAGAGAGAGAGAGAGAAAUCUCUGACAUCGUUCGAAUUGAACGAGAUCGACUCCGAGACGAAGCGACGCAGCUGCGAGAUUUACUGAAGAAACACGGUGUUGUGGUCUCAUCUGAAAUCUCCACCAAUGGGGAGACGGGACAGACUGAGGCUGAUGUCAUCACUGACUCUGGCAUCCUAUUGGCUCAGGACUGGUGUCAUGGCAGCAGAGAGAGCAUGCUGGAACUUCGGCUGAAGAAAGUGUUUGAAGAGAGAGAGAGUUUACAGGAUCAGGUGAGACUGUUAAAGACUCAACUGGAUCAGAGACAGAAGAACGGGAGCGAUGGAGUCGAGAACCCAGAGGACGGGACUCUGGACAACGGAAUGGACUCUCAUCUUCUGGACCUGCAGAGAGACGCUAACAGACAAAUCAGUGACCUCAAGUUCAAACUGGUGAAGACGGAACAGGAAGUCGCCACUCUGGAACAAAACAUAAUCCGUCUGGAGGGUCAGGUGACUCGCUACAAGUCGGCGUCGGAGAACGCAGAGAAAACCGAAGACGAGCUGAAGGUGGAGAAGAGAAAACUGCAGAGAGAGCUCCGCUCGGCUCUGGACCGCGUUGAUGAGCUGGAGGCGAGUAAUGCCCACCUCUCCAAACGCCUGGAGAAGAUGAAGGCCAACCGCAACGCUCUGCUGGCCCAGCAGUGACGCCCCCUGUUGACAGAGAACUGUUGGUGCCAUGUUUUCAUCUCCAUCAUAACAAAGACAAAUCUAGACGUUUGUGGCAGCGCUUCAUUUCCUCUGCAUGCAGCACCAGGCGGGUGGAGUUAACAGAAAUCUGAAGAGAACUAUUCUGACGUGGGAACAAAGGAGAUCAAUCAAUCAAUCUCUGUGACUCCUUUGUCAUGAAUGCAGACCACACCCACGUGUGUGGGCGGAGUUUACCACUCAGGACAAUGGUCAGAGUCAUUACUCAACAGAAAAACUGUGGAUGUUUCCAUGACAACAGGACAUUUGCUGAAGACGAUCAUGUGACGAAGUUGACAGAGAUCGUUUGAUCUGAGUAAUAAUUAAUUUGUUUAAUACUUAAUCAAACAAAAUCCAUCGCAAAGAAUGAAUGAAUAAAAGACGUAGAGAGAGGCCAGGACCUGUUGUGUACCCAUCACAUUAAACUCUGUCAGACUAGUUGUUGUAAUAAUAAUCUUCAGUUGUACGUCGGUGUCUAAAGAUGUUUCUUUUAAUCGAAGUAACGUUAAAAGCUGAACCUAAAGGUUAAAGGUCGGUCUGACUGGCUUGUGUAGUGUCCGCUCAAUAGAUCAGACGUCAUCACCUCUUUUUAAACUAAACAGCAGAGUCAGAUCUGUCCCAUUCAACAAACUACAUCAACUAUAGUUACAAUAAAAGUCAGACAAAAAGAAAUUAAGGUUGAAACAACACAUUAGUACAAGAGUGUUAAAAAUGCCUUCCUGUAAAAAUAAGUUUUGAGCAGCGAUUUAAAGACAGUGGUGAGUUCCGGAGCCUCGGACCUGAUGUAGUGAGUCCUGACAGAUGACAAGGCUCUCAGGUUGUGACUGGAGUCAAGGAGUCAGAGCAAGUUGAGCUUUGAAGCUAUUCAAAGAAUCUGAAGUCCUGAACCUUUGGAUCUUUGAGGUUGUGUUUCGUGUCUCGUUCAUGUCGGACUUGAGUAAGAGUUUCUUCCUAAUCUGUCCUCAAACACUGGGGGGCGCUGUCUCCCUCCAGGAUUAAACUACAGCAGAGACCAGAUUCAAACAGACCGUCAACCGACCUUCCUCGUUUUUAUUGUUUGAUUCUGUCGUCCAGGUAACAGUGGAGGGGCUGUGGUCAUGUGUGUCUGUAUGAGGUGGGCGGAGACUCAUCAGAUCAUGGUCACGUGUCAUUGAUCAUCCUGACCAAUCAGGAGUUUGCUAUCAAUAAAAUUAUUGAUCCUGUAAAAAAAUGAUUAUUGUUGAUGAAAAAUCAUGAGCGGAUGUGAUUGGACGAUGGACGUCGUCACAGAGUUUAUAGACAAAUAAAGUUGAAGGAAA